AUGGCGAGAUUGAAUACUCGAAAUCCUCGGUUCAAAGCUCCGGUUCCGAAUAUGAGUGCGGCGCAACAGAGUCCUGUCGAGCAACGAAAAGUAAAUAGGGUGGAUAAGAAUGGGGCUGUGGUGAAGGGUGGAAAGGGUGUGUCGGGGAAAGGUUCUGGGCGAAGGAGUUUUGGUACGGGCGGUCGGGUUGAUGCUGAGGGGAGUUCGAGGGCUCCGGUUGCGCAGAUGUUUGCGGGUGGGGGAGAUGGUGAAGAUGAGAGUGAGAAUGGGGAUGAGGAUAAAGAUGAAGAAUAUGACGAGGUAAUGAGUGGAGACAAUACACGCAAAGGCAAUAUGGAAAAGGAAGACGGAGAGGAUGAGGACGAUGAAGCUGGAGUUCGAAAUGAGUUACAGCGAGAAGAUGCACUCCCAAAUUUGCCAAACAAGCAACGGACCCCCAAAUCAUCGAGUUUAUUAAACAAAAGCCGAUUGAGGGACAAUAAUAAGGGUCAGGAAGACACUCCUCGUAGAAGAGGAAGACCGAAAAAAAUUGGUGGACUUACAACACCUGCUGGAGAAGCAGAAGUCGUCAUGUCGUCGAAGCAAUAUCCUAAAUCUAGCAGCAGAUCAAAAGAUUUGGCUGAGAAAAUCGUUCCUGCAGCUGAACAGAUUGAGGACGAGGAAGAAAAUGAGGAAGAUGAGGGAGACGGUGACGAACCGGAAGCCGAAACCGAAACCGAAACCCUGAAAGAUUCUACGACGAAAGAAUUCUUCGAGGUCCUUGCUGUACAAGGAUCUCGAAAGGAUGGGGCAGACAACGAACAAUUACUCGUCGAAUGGAAGAAUUUCCCUCGUGAGAAGGACUGGACAUGGGAACCCAUUGAAAAGUUGCGAAAGUCAUGCCCAAAUUUCGUCAAGGAAUGGGAGGACAGCUCGCAGAAUGAGGACACUGGCAUGCAUGAGGUGGAAUCGAUCAUGGGUAAGCGGAAGGGCCCAGGAGGCAGAUUUCAGUACCACAUAAAGUGGGUUGGCUGGGGAAAAAAGUACAAUACGUGGGAGCCGGCGGAAAAGUUGAAAAUUGAUGUUCCGUAUAUAGUGGAGGAAUUUGAGGAAGCUCAAAGUCAAAAUGAGAGGGCGGGUAUGGAUUUAGAGCAGCCGGUGGCUAAGAGGAGAAGCGCUGGGAGACCUAGAAAGUGA